AUGGCCAGGUCCUCCUACUCUGACGAGCACCUCGCCUCCCAGAGGGACUCGGCCUAUCUCGCCGCCCGCGAGCCCUAUGGCUACCCAAGCUCGUCCGCGCGAGAGUCGAGAUGGGACGUCGCUGAAUAUUCUCUCAGACCGACCGCCAGGGCCCAGGACGCCCCCUCAUCGUCGAGAGCUCGCUCACGAUCCCGCUCCCGCUCCGCCAGACCGCCCAAAUCCCGCGACAUGCACCGCAAGAAGCGGCACAGCGGCGGCGGCGCGUCGUCGUCCUCCUCCUCUACGGAUCCCGUGGCCGUCGUCCCGAACAACGCCAAUAACGCCUUCUCGCCCGCCGCCAUGAUCAGCAACCUCCAAAACGCAUUCCACGCCUUCCAAUCCAUGCCCCAGCUCUCCUCGUCGUCGUUCGAGCUGGGCCCCCUGCCGGACACCCCCGUGACCAAUCUCAUCAACCCAAAGAACCUCACCCCGCCGGCCUCCCAGGCCGUUCUCCACGACCGCCUCGCCACGAACCUGCCCCGCCACAGCAACGUCUAUCUCAUCCUCCUGGUCGGCACCCUCCUGGCGACGCACUGGCUCGUGCUCGCCGCGCUCUUCGGCGUCGUCAAGGUCGGCUUCUUUAUCCAGUCGUACAACGGCCGCGACCUCGCCCGGGACCUCGGCGUGAGGAAGUACGCCUCGUCGCAGAGCAUUGUGUCCGGAUUCGCCGCCGCCUCCGCCAUUGUCGGGCUGUGGGCCUUUUCCUCGCUGUUCAGCGUCGUCUUCACCCUCGUCAAGGUCGCAGGCCUCGUCCUCGCGCACGCCGCGUGCUUUGAGGUGUCGGCAGCGGAGCACAAGGUGCCCGGCUCAGCGCCUGCAACUGGUGCUGCUGCUACUGCUGCGCCAGCGCCCUCGCCCGUUCCAGCACAGGGGUUCUUGAGGCCGCACGGGGCCUGGGGACAGCUCUCGCGGGACGCAGCGAAUGCUGUCGCGCAGUUCAGGUCCGUGAGCGAGGGACAGCUCCGGUCGGCGAGCGAAUCCAACCUCAGCUCACCGCACCCCGGUGCGGACGUGAAUGGGUGGUACGCCGGUGAGGGGUACACGGGUCCGCCGGGGCCAGAGACGUACGCCGAGAUGCCGCGGACGCCGCGCACAUACGAGGCGUACGCUCCCGCGCCCAGCCCGCGGCGGGAGGAGCACGAUGGCGGCGACUUGGCGUAUGGGUACUACGAGUCCGGUCGGCCGCAGAGCUACGCUUCGGGUAGAUCGUACUGA